AUGGAAGUACCCUCCAUGGUACGACGCUCCGGGGGCAAACUCAUAGUGCGGCAGGUAGUCAGUGGUGAGCAGCUGGUAGUAUUGAACGAGAGCAUCAAAACCGAGCAACACCCAGAACACCAAUCCCAACCCGAGCACUCGCCCCUUAUCGAUGGUGAUAGCCAACGCUCCGAUAACGCCACAGUUUCGUCGGACAACAUUGAACCGCUCGCACACCACCGAAAGCAGCAGCUAUUGCCACAGUGUAAAAUAAAGAGAAACUACUCGUGUCGCAGCUGCAACUACUUCACCCAAAAUCCCAGAAGCUAUCUCACGCAUCUACGCGACAAGCACGGGGAGAAGAUUAGUGUGAACGAGUGUAAACGAUGUCUAUACGCGUCGCGACACCACCAGAAGCUGGCACGUCACAUGAGAAUGGUACACGGUGUUGUCGCGGAGUCUAACAAAACGAAUGUGCCUGGUAAUCGUGAUAGGAAAUUGAUUGAAAAGCAUCGUCCCAAACAGCAGAGACGCGCUGGGAGUUCUUGCUCCUCGGAGACGCUCGAGACGAAGAUUUUGGAUGCACUCGGUAACGUAUACGCACAGCAACUUGUUGCAUCCUUGUUGAGCAACAUUGAACCGUUUUGGAGCUCGUCUAUACCCGCGAACACUAAUCUAUUAAAGCCAACAAUCAAGUCCGAGAUGGAUGACGUACAAAAUGUUUUAAAAACUCCUGACAAGAACUCAAUCCAGGACAGGGAAAUGGAGAAAAACACCCGCAAAUCAUCGGAAGACAAUGAAACCACACCGAGAAAGCGUGCCCGACCGAUACCCAACCUGAUUCCGUUGGCUGCAUCCACUCCAGUUCCAGCAAGGCCGGAAAAGGAACUGCUUAAGCCUGUGCCGAUGUCUAUGCUGAUGCCGCCGGAUGCUGCAUCGAAGUCAUCCGACACACCUACAUCACCUGUGCGCUUAUCGUCACCACAGACAAAAUGUACUUUUUGUGAGCUCAGCUUCGAGUCUACGAUGGAUCUGGCGAACCAUAUCGCAUCGUCACAUAAGGAAGAUCUUAUCACUUCGCUGCUGCAGAAAUCGAUCGACGAAUCGAACCAAAACAUUUUCCCCCAAAGUGACGCUGAUAGUGCGUCGAACGAGAUGUGGAAAAGCCUGCUGGAAGUGAAUAUGUUCAGUACGGAUCCUUCCGCUAGAGCGGGUAGUGAGUCGGAUGGAAAAUCCCUAUCGAACGCAUCCAAGGAAGAUGAUGAUGUGGAAAUACUGGAAAACAAAUCGGAAACGUAUUGCGGAGUUGAGACGGCCCCAGGCUAUGGUGAAGUGACGAGCAAGCUAAGCUCCACCGAUCCCAACGCCACGGGUUUGAUGAAGAAGGUGUUCAAAUGUCCCCACUGUUCGUUCUGGGCCUCGACGGCUUCCCGCUUUCACGUGCACAUUGUGGGCCAUCUCAACAAGAAACCGUUCGAAUGUUCGCUGUGCUCGUAUCGCUCCAACUGGCGAUGGGACAUAACGAAGCACAUCCGCCUGAAGACGAUUCGUGACCCGAGCCACAAGAAUGCCGGUGUGCUGAUGAAUGAUGAAACCGGACGGAGAAACUACACCAAAUACAACAAAUACAUUACGCUCAUGCAAAUUACCGACCACAGCACGAAGGAAUCGACGAGCUAUGCGAAAUCUUUCGCCGAGAGCAGUAUGUCGGAUUUAAUGACAGCGUAUAACGCGUAUAACAUUGAUUUGAAAGCGUUGACCAGUAUACCGGAAUUCAAUCUUUUAAUGGAGGAUAAGCAAAUGCACGAUGAGACGGGUGUCGGUAUGAAGGUGGAUGACAACGGGCACUUUAAAUGUCAAUACUGCGACCAUAGAACCACAACCAAGGAUGAGCUCUUGCAGCAUACAACAAACGCCCACACGGGAACAAACACCUCUCUUCAGCUGCUGGAGGAGGCAACGGAGCAGGAUGGGCACUGCAGCACUGCAGCCCAACAGCCCAAGCACAGUAGUACGGCGAAUAAUAUUUCCACACCCUCCAGUACACCAACGCCUCCGGCUUCGUCCGGCAUUUGUAGCCUUAGUAAAAGUGCAGCUAACACUAGCAACGAUAGUCCUACUAAUGGAACACUACUAACUGCUAGCGGUGCUGGAGAUAAAACGAACCCGCCGGAACCCGGUGGCGAUAGAGCUGGCGAUGGUGAAGGUAGCUCGCAAAGGAUGGCGAUGCCCACUACCUGGCGCCAUAACGCACCAUACCGUUGUGGCCAUUGCCAUCAGGUUUCUAACUGGAAACAUGUCAUUCAGAGACACUGUCGGCUGAAACACAACGGGCACGUUUUUAUUGAGCAUGUCAACUCGGAAAAGGACGACCCUUCCGACAGUGAUAGUCAGUUGCAGCGGAAUAGCAAACAGAACCAACAUUCCGUGUACGUGAUUGAGGAUGUGCUCCAUCAUCAAGCAACCGUGCCGCCGUCGGAUCAAACGCGAAAAUCGAUCGAAGCUCUAGCGGGCUCCUCCAUACCUCCGCCACUAGCGCCCUUCAGCAUGGAUGACGUAGGCUGUCCGGCAAACACACUGGAACCGAUCGUGGAAAUCCUCGACAAAGACCCGGCAGAUAUGAUCAAUUUCAACGGUAGCAUUAUGCCUUCCACAGUGCUAGUGGACAGUGGAACUGUGGCUCCAGCAGUGCCUAGCGAGCAGCUAGAAUGUAUCUCGUGUCAAUUUCGUGCCGAAACGGUAGAGCAGCUUACCGAACACUUGGAACAACACAUGAGCGGCAGUCAAACUGGAACAUCCGGUAGUUACGACCCAUCAGGGUUGAUCGAUCCCGUGCCAACGACCAUGUACUACUGUCCCCGCUGUCCAGCACGGUUCUUCCACGAAAACCACAUUUUGGAGCACGAAGCGAAGCAUGCUGCUAGCGCCGAGGGCAAGCCGUGCUCGUUUUGCUCCUUCACCACCACGGACGAUGAUGAGCGGGGUCGGCAUGAGGAGGUCCAUUCGCCUGCCUACAAUAUCAACACCGACAACUUACAGAUCUUUCUCGCCGAAAGCAAAGAAUAUCCCAAACCACAGUUGACACUGAAGGAAAGCAAUGGAGAGCAAUUGUUUUAUGUGGAGAUGCCAGGUGAAACUAACCCAAAUCACUCGCCGGAAGUCACGACCACCAGAAGGGGAAAGAAAUCCAAGCCCCGUUUACGAACACCCGAGUCGGCGAACGGGGACGAUGAGCAGCUGAGUUCCAUCUUUCUGUGCGAAUACUGCGACCAAACGUUCGACGUGGAGUCGGAUUUAAACACCCACGUAAGGACACACUUUUCCUCCAUCCUGUCGCCGCAAGGUGUAUCGUACUACACCUCGCUCAGCAACACACUGGACAAGGAGAAGAAGCUGGAGCUGAUCGUAUCGGGGUCCCAAUCGACAAUGGCACUGCACUACGUGUACGAUAACGCGCGCAAGAAGGACUGGAACGUGUACUCGAAGGCGGAGAGUGUUUUGUUGAAAUUUUGA